AUGUCUAGCGAGGGUUUAUUCGAUGAUAAAUUUCGCGUCGCUGUGCUCAUCGUCAGGUUCAUCGCGCUGCCUGUGCUCGCAUGUUGUAUGCUUGGCUCCCUCUGGCUGCUCAAGUCAUGGAAGGUCUAUGAUGUUUCUCACCGAGUUUGGUUCAACGUCGCUGUCACUACGACAUUUCUUUAUCUGGUCUUUGCCAAUUGCCUUUGGUUCACGUCGCCGGAGUCGACUCGUCUUCCUACCCGUUCAGUGCCGAUUUUCGCGACAUUCACUGGUCUAUUCUACUUCGUGCCCAGACUCAUGACGUUCGUUGCCAUUACAUGCUUUGCAGCGACAUUCACUUCCGUCCUGUCUCACCGGAGGCGAUACAAAACUUUCAAUGAAUGGGCCUCCGGACUGCUAUUUGGACUUCUCUUUCUGGACAUCGUCGUUCGGGCCAUGGAUGUCAACAACUCGAUACACUAUGAUACCAGCAAAGGAUCUCGGUGGAUCACCUACUCAGGUAGAAGCGGGUUACUUGCGGACAUCAGCAGGGUCCUCGAAGUACUCUUGUUAGCUGCGUACCUACUCGCAGUAUUGGUUGUUGUAUGCUCCUCAUUUCGGACCAGCACGGUCAUGGCCAUUCCGAACUGCACUACUCUCCAUAUUGGCAUCCGCGACACUCGCCCUGGUCUGGAUAUCAUGGGACACAACGCGAGCUAUGGAGCGUUCGCCCCUCUCGGCCAGUACUGA